AUGGGCAAAUCAUCAAAAGACAAGAGGGAUGCCUACUAUCGUCUGGCAAAAGAAGAAGGAUGGCGAGCCCGAUCAGCCUAUAAACUCCUCCAACUAGACGAAGAAUUCAACUUAUUCGAAGGAGUCACACGAGUCGUCGAUCUAUGCGCCGCACCAGGAAGUUGGAGUCAAGUUCUCUCCCGUGUACUUAUCAAAGGCGAGAAAUUCGGACGAGCUGGUUGGCAGGACAAGCAAGCCGCCACAAGAAACUACGUCUUAGGUCUUGACAAGAAGCCAGAGUCGACAGUACAAUCAGCUCCCUCACCUACCGCAAAAGUAGAAGAGAAACCAAAGCCAAGAGAAGGCGUACGCAUUGUAGCCAUCGACUUGCAACCCAUGAGCCCCCUCGAAGGCGUAACGACAAUGCGCGCAGACAUAACCCACCCCUCCACCAUUCCCCUGAUGCUCAAAGCCCUAGACCCAGACACCUACGACCCCGCCGCACCACAAGGCUCCUCACCUGUCGAUCUAGUCAUCUCGGACGGCGCGCCUGACGUUACAGGUCUCCAUGACCUGGACAUCUAUGUGCAAAGUCAACUGCUGUGGGCCGCCCUCAACCUCGCUCUGUGCGUGUUGAAGCCCGGCGGCAAAUUCGUAGCCAAGAUCUUCAGAGGCAAGGACGUCGAUCUGCUGUUCGCACAGCUGAAAAUUGUGUUUGAUAGGGUGCGUGUAGCGAAGCCGAGGAGUAGUCGCGCAAGUAGUAUCGAGGCGUUCGUUGUCUGCGAAGGGUUUUGUCCACCAGAGGGGUUCACGGCUAGUUUGGACAAGCCGUUGGGCGCGGGAACCCAACUACCCACACCAGCACCUUCAGAUACACAAAAACGGGAAGAGAAAGUCACGCGACGCAUUAGGGAAGAUGGAGCUAUUGAGAUUGAUCUAGGUACCGACACCGAAGAUGAAGACGAUCUUGAGGAAGGUGGACAGCGAUGGAUAGCACCGUUCCUGGCUUGUGGUGACCUAUCAGCGUAUGAUUCUGAUGCAACGUAUCAACUACCAAAGGACAGGGUUAGUCUGGAUCCUGUACAACCACCUACUGCGCCGCCAUAUAAGAGGGCGCUGGAGAUGCGGAAGUUGGCUGGUGGAGCGUACGGGAAGACGAAAGGGAGGGUGGAGAAGGAAGCGAAGUAG